ACAGAGGCUGUGGGGAAAAGCCCAGCCCGCUGAAGGUGCUCAAUGAACGGGAGCCGCGCCGUCAUCCAGAGAAGAUGCCUGCUGCCACCUCCCACCCCUCUUGACACGAUGAACCUGGCCCACCACAGAGCACUCCAGGACCGAGCCAAGAUGGCCUCAGUGCCGGUGUAUUGCCUCUGCUGGCUGCCUUAUAAUGUGACCCACUUCAUGAUUGAGUGUGACAUGUGCCAGGACUGGUUUCAUGGCAGUUGUGUUGGUGUUGAAGAGAAGACUGCUGACAUUGACCUCUACCACUGCCCCAACUGUGAAGUCUUGCAUGGGCCCUCUAUUAUGAAAAAACGCCAUGGAUAUUCAAAGGGGCAUGAUACACACAAGGGGAAACCAGUGAAGACUGGGAGCCCUACACUCAUCAGAGAGCUCCGGAGCAGGACUUUUGACAGCUCAGAUGAAGUGAUUCUGAAGCCCACUGGAAAUCAACUGACUGUGGAAUUCCUGGAAGAAAAUAGCUUCAGUGUGCCCAUCUUGGUCCUGAAGGAUGAUGGGUUGGGCAUGACGCUGCCCUCACCAUCAUUCACUGUGAGGGAUGUUGAACACUAUGUUGGUUCUGACAAAGAGAUUGAUAUGAUUGAUGUGACCCGCCAGGCUGACUGCAAGAUGAAGCUUGGUGAUUUUGUGAAAUAUUAUUACAGCGGGAAGAGGGAGAAAGUCCUCAAUGUCAUUAGUUUGGAAUUAUCUGAUACCGGGCUUUCUAACCUUGCGGAGACACCGAAGAUUGUUCGAAAGCUGUCAUGGGUCGAGAACUUGUGGCCAGAGGAAUGUGUCUUUGAGAGACCCAAUGUACAGAAGUCCUGCCUCAUGAGUGUGCGAGACAGCUAUACAGACUUUCACACUGACUUCAGUGGCACCUCUGUCUGGUACCAUGUAGUCAAGUGUGAAAAGAUCUUCUACCUGAUCCACCCAACAAAUGCCAAUCUGACUCUUUUUGAGUGCUGGAGCAGUUCUUCUAAUCAGAAUGAGAUGUUCUUUGGGGACCAGGUGGACAAGUGCUACAAGUGUUCCGUGAAGCAAGGACAGACACUUUUCAUUCCCACAGGAUGGAUCCAUGCUGUGCUGACACCUGUGGACUGCCUUGCCUCUGGAGGGAACUUCUUACACAGCCUUAAUAUCGAGAUGCAACUCAAAGCCUAUGAGAUUGAGAAGUGGCUGAGCACAGCAGAUCUCUUCAGAUUCCCCAACUUUGAGACCAUCUGUUGGUAUGUGGGAAAACACAUCCUGGACAUCUUUUGUGGUUUGCGAGAGAACAGGAGACACCCUGCCUCCUACCUGGUCCAUGGUGGGAAAGCUUUACUUGCCUUUAGAGCCUGGACAAGGAAAGAAGCUCUGCCAGACCAUGAGGAUGAGAUCCCGGAGACAGUGCAAACUAUACAGCUCAUUAAAGAUCUGGCCAGGGAGAUCCAUCUGGUGGAAGACAUCUUCCAACAGAACAUCGGGAAGACGAGCAAUAUCUUUGGGCUGCAGAGGAUCUUCCCAGCUGGCUCCAUUCCCCUAACCAGGCCAGCCCAUCCCACUUCAAUGUCCAUGUCCAGGCUGUCACUGCCCUCCAAAAAUGGUUCAAAGAAGAAGGGCCUGAAGCCCAAGGAACUCUUCAAGAAGGCAGAGCAAAAGGGCAAGGAGAGUUCAGCCUUGGGGCCUGCUGGCCAGUUGAGCUAUAAUCUCAUGGACACAUACAGUCAUCAGGCACUGAAGACAGGCUCUUUCCAGAAAGCAAAGUUCAACAUCACUGGUGCCUGCUUGAAUGACACAGAUGAUGACUCCCCGGACUUGGACCUUGAUGGAAAUGAGAGCCCACUGUCCCUAUUGAUGUCUAAUGGCAGUACGAAAAGGGUGAAGAACUUACCGAAAUCUUGGCGAACCAAGAUAGAAAAGAAGGUAGACAAGGCUAGACUGGUGGCAGAACAGGUGAUGGAAGACGAAUUUGACUUGGAUUCAGAUGAUGAGCUGCAGAUUGACGAGAGAUUGGGAAAGGAGACGGCAACUCUCAUAAUAAGACCAAAAUUUCCCUGGAAAUUGCCCCGUGCGAAGCCUUCCUCUGACCCCAACCAAGUUCGUGAACCAGGAGAAGUUGAAUUUGACAUUGAGGAGGACUAUACAACAGAUGAGGACAUGGUGGAAGGGGUUGAAGGCUAUCAGACAGCAACCCCUGUUCCCGCCCAAGGUGCCAGCGAGGCCCCAGCUUCUCCCAGCACUCAGGAGGCCAUCCAGGGCAUGCUGUACAUGGCCAACCUGAAGUCCUCAUUGUCCUCACCGGCUACCUCCAGCCUGCAGGCCUGGUGGACGGGGCAAGAUCGAAGCAGUGGGAGCUCCAAUGGGCUGGGUACAGUGUCUAACAGUCCUGCUUCCCAGCACGCCCCAGGGAAGUGGCCCAUCAAGUGACCAGCAUACUGGAGAACCGAGAGCAAGGAGGAGGAGGAGAAAGCCAGUCUGGAUGAACAGGACAGUUUGGGAGCAUGCUUCAAAGACACAGAGUAUAUCUAUCCUUCGCUGGAGUCUGAUGAUGAGGACCCUGCUUUGAAAUCUCGACCCAAGAAAAAGAAGAAUUCGGAUGAUGCUCCAUGGAGUCCUAAGGCCCGUGUGUCCCCAACUCUGCCGAAGCAGGACCGUCCUGUGCAUGAAGGGACCCGGGUAGCCUCUAUUGAGACAGGUUUGGCUGCAGCAGCUGCAAAGCUGGCCCAGCAGGAGCUACAGAAGGCCCAAAAGAAGAAAUGUAUCAAGAAGAAGCCUUUGCUGAAGGAGGUGGAACAGCCUUGCCCUCAAGACUCCAAUCUUAAUCUGACAGUACCAGCCCUCACUGUGGCUGCCACACCACAGCUUGUCACCUCCUCCUCACCCCUGCCUCCUCCUGAGCCUAAACAAGAGGCCCUUUCAAGAAGUCUUGCUGACCAUGAGUACACCGCUCGUCCCAAUGCCUUUGGCAUGGCACAGGCAAACCGCAGCACCACACCUAUGGCCCCUGGUGUCUUCUUGACCCAGUGGUGCCCUUCAGUUGGCUCCCAGAGCAAUCAGGCAGGACAAGGAAAACGUCCCAAAAAGGGCCUGGCCACAGCAAAGCAGAGACUUGGACGUAUCCUGAAAAUCCACAGAAAUGGCAAACUACUUCUGUGAGCCCUCCUGUGUCCUACCCCUCACCCCUUCUCCAUUGUCAACUCUCGGGGCACUCCUGGAUCCUGUCUGCCCCGGACAAGGUGCUGAGGUGUAUUGUCCUGCUUUUUUUGGACUUAGGAAAGGCAUGGACCCCUCCACCGACUCCUCCUAGCUCCCUUCCCCACUUUCACUAGAGCAUCCCACCUGCCUUCUCCAUACUUCUGAGUAGCAGGUAAAUGGGAGAGGUUUCCAGCUGACUAGAAUCCCGUUUCCUACUUGUCCAAACCACUCCCCUUUUACCUGCCUUGUCUGUCCUUUACUAUUGAUGCCCCCUAGAGCUGGAAGGCAGGAUGAGGAGAGGCGUGAAGAAGCCUGAGCCAUGAAGUGGGAGGCCCAGUGCUUGACACUUUCUGCAACUCUAGCCCUAUAUCCAGAAGCCUGCCUACCUCCACCCAUUCUGCUUGCCCUGUUUCCCCAGUCCAGUGGAUACGCCCCCACCUCCACAUUUGCUACUGGAAGAAGGCUGUGGUCUCUACCUCCUCUUGCCAAAUACUUCAUGGAAAUAAAGAGGAAGGCCCAGAGCCUUCUUCCUGCCCCAUUGUGAGCCAUUUCCAGAAGUGGCCUAGAAAUGCUGACUUCACUUAUCCUUGGGAAGAAAGGUGGUUCCUCCCUCUUGUCAAGGUAGGGAGAGGUCAGAUGACCAAGCCUUUGACCAUAGCUUUGUAGCCUAUUGAAGGAAGCUACUUUUAGCUGCCUACAUGAGGCCACUUGUUUUAGGGUGAGCUCCAGGGAUUUGCCUGGAUUUUAAAAUCAUGUAGAACAUUAUCCACGUGGCUGUGGCUGUGGCUGUGGCUGGCCCUGGCAGGUGGAAAACCAUCUCCCAGAAACUUGAAAGCACCUGCUACUGAAGCAGAUAACGCUGGCCCAACAGCCUGCUUGCUCCACCUAUACCACAGAGCACAGCCUGGACAUUACGGAGGACACCUGGGUCCUCCAUUGGGAACUUUCAUGCUUCUUUCUCCUCCUGAGGUCUUGGUCUGAAGAAGACCUCAGGACUCACAUCUUCACUCCUGGGCCUUUGCACUUCCAGAUGACAGAUCAUCUUUCAAGCAGAGUGCAGAUGGGCCAUUCACAAGCCCAAGUGGAAGAGAAGAGACACCCAUCUGUGAAGAAACAGACCAUCCAUCUGAUCCUCCCCUCCCGUGUCUUUACUUUGUGGAUUGUCUCCAUUGUCCAGACAGUGCCCCCACCUCCCACUUGCCUUGCCUCACGGGCAAUCUGGACACGAUGGAGAACCAUCCCCCUACCUCCAUUUGGCACUGCCCAAGUGGAGUGUACCCUUGCCCUCUCCACCUGUACCACCCACUCCAACCUCACCCCAGCUUGCCCAGUGCCUCUGGGGAAUUUAACAGCUACCAUGCAGGCCACAGGGAAUUUGUGAGGCUUCCUUCAUCAUCUUUGUAUUUCCAGUUUGUCUUUUCUUUUCUCCAUAGCCUUGCCUCUACUUUCCUUCCUCGGAAUCAUGGGUUCCUUUAGCCCAUUUGCUUUCUCUACCUUGGGGACCCCAGGGGCCAAGCAGUCCUCCAUCUAGUCACACCAAAGGCAAAAAGCCUGGCUACCUGCCCCCUAGCACGUAAGUUCCUACUCCCCUCCCCUCUGUUUCCACGAAGCUUUGCUUAUUUUGGGGAUUUCAAGGCAGAAGAGGGUAGU